CGGCGCUGGAUCUCCGCGCGCGGGCGAGUUAGUAAACAGACCUCGAGCGCGUGUCUGGGGUCAGCGGUGCAGCCAGUUCUCGGAAGCCGCGCAAAGGUGACCGUGGAUCCUAACUUCCUGUCCCGGGUCCUGUAGGAUGGCUGCCAUGUUGGGGGACGCCAUCAUGGUCCUCAAAGGCCUUGCUAAGCUGACCCAGGCGGCCGUGGAAACCCACCUGCAGCACUUGGGCCUCGGCGGGGAGCUCAUCAUGGCGGCCAGGGCCCUGCAGUCCACGGCUGCGGAGCAGAUCGGCACGGUCCUGGGGAUGGUGCAGAAUCAGCAGAAGCAUGAAGAGCCUUACGGUGCUGAGAGCUUUGACGACCCGGAAGCAGAAUUCCACUCCUCAGGGCCGAGGGCCGAGGGAGCCUCUGUGGAGUUCUCUGCAGCCUCCUCCUCCGACGAGGCGCCGUCUGUGCCCCGGGACCACGCGGGCAGCGAGGGCCCCGCUCCGGCCUAUGUUGACAGCGGGCCUUUUAGGGAAGCUGGGCUCCCGGGCCAGGCCGCCUCCCCACUGGGCAGGGCUAAUGGAAGGCUCUUCGUGGACACCAGGGCCCCCUUUUCUGGCACAGGCCUUCAGCGGAGGUUCUUCCACCAGGACCAGUCCCCCGUGGGGGGCCUCACAGCCGAGGACAUUGAGAAGGCCCGGCAGGCCAAGGCUCGCCCCGAGAGCAAGCCGCACAGGCAGAUGCUCAGUGAGCGUGCUCGGGAGCGGAAGGUGCCAGUGACGAGGAUUGGGCGGCUGGCCAACUUUGGAGGUCUGGCCGUGGGCCUGGGCUUCGGGGCCCUGGCUGAGGUAGCCAAGAAGAGCCUCCGCUCUGAGGAGCGCACAGGAAAGAAGGCCGUGCUGGACUCCAGCCCCUUCCUGUCGGAGGCCAACGUGGAGCGCAUCGUGAGCACGCUGUGCAAGGUGCGGGGCGCGGCGCUCAAGCUGGGCCAGAUGCUGAGCAUCCAGGACGAUGCUUUCAUCAAUCCCCAUCUGGCCAAGAUCUUCGAGCGGGUGCGGCAGAGCGCGGACUUCAUGCCGCUGAAACAGAUGAUGAAAACUCUCAACAAUGACCUGGGCCCCAACUGGCGGGACAAGCUGGAGUACUUUGAGGAGCGGCCCUUUGCAGCUGCCUCCAUCGGGCAGGUGCACCUGGCCCGCAUGAAGGGUGGCCGUGAGGUGGCCAUGAAGAUCCAGUACCCUGGUGUGGCCCAGAGCAUCAACAGUGAUGUCAACAACCUCAUGGCUGUGCUGAACAUGAGCAACAUGCUUCCGGAAGGCCUGUUUCCCGAGCACCUGAUUGACGUGCUGAGGCGGGAGCUGGCCCUUGAGUGUGACUACCAGCGAGAGGCCGCCUGUGCCAGGAAGUUCCGGGAGCUGCUGAAGGACCACCCCUUCUUCUACGUGCCCGAGAUUGUGGACGAGCUCUGCAGCCCCCUCGUGCUGACCACAGAGCUGGUGUCCGGCUUCCCCCUGGACCAGGCUGAGGACCUGAGCCAGGAGAUCCGGAACGAGAUCUGCUACAACAUCCUGGUCCUGUGCCUGCGGGAGCUGUUCGAGUUCCAGUUCAUGCAGACAGACCCCAACUGGUCUAACUUCUUCUAUGACCCUCAGCAGCACAAGGUGGCUCUUCUGGACUUUGGGGCAACUCGGGAAUUUGACAGGUCCUUCACUGACCUCUACAUCCAGAUCAUCAGGGCCGCUGCCGACAGGGACAGGGAGGCCGUACUGAAGAAAUCCAUAGAGAUGAAGUUCCUCACGGGCUACGAGGUCAAGGCCAUGGAGGACGCCCACCUGGACGCCAUCCUCAUCCUGGGCGAGGCCUUCGCCUCCGAGGAGCCCUUUGACUUUGGCACCCAGAGCACCACGGAGAAGAUCCACAACCUGAUCCCCAUCAUGCUGAAGCACCGUCUCAUCCCGCCCCCCGAGGAGACCUACUCGCUGCACAGGAAGAUGGGGGGCUCCUUCCUCAUUUGCUCCAAGCUGAAGGCCCAGUUCCCCUGUAAGGCCAUGUUCGAGGAGGCCUACAGCAACUACUGCCAGAGGCAGGCCAAGCAGUAGCCGCCGCCGUGCGGACUCUCCGCCCCGGUGCGGCCGACACGAGUAGGAAGCUGGCGAGCUCCAUGCCACGUCCUCUGCUGAAGGAGGGGGGGCCGGCUCCGGUGGGAGGGGUGCUGCUGGAGCCCUGGCGCCAGCACUUAUACACGGUUUUUAUUGCUGAGUGGGUGUGAAAUGAAACCCCAAAUACCCUAUCAAAAUCUACUGUUGUUCAUCUUCUGAAACACUCUAAAGGUAAAAAGGCAAUUUUAUUUCCUUUUCCUUUUGGUAACAGGGUUUUUCCCUAAUGGGAAUGUUAACCGGAAGAUGAGAGAGUAGGCCCUUCGCAUCCUUGCUACAAAAUACACAGGGAAGUCUUUUUGGAUUUUAUUGACUGUCUAGUACGAGGCUUGUGUGUGUACGUGUUUCUAGAGUGAGAGGUGGUUUUCUGCCCUUUUCCUCUCCAGCCUUUAGUCUGGAGCUGGGAGCAGUGCUAAUCCGGGCAGGGCCAACGAGCACUACUUAACCAGCUGAGGCCCAGGCCUGUUUUCUGGCUGGUUCCUAUACUUCUUGACAACUGGAAUUUUCCAGAGAACUGCUGCCUCCCAUGGGAAGGAGCAGCAGAGGGGGAGAGAAGGUGACACAGAUCUCUGCUCUGCUAGGAGGCGGUGAGUGAGCGGGAAGCUCCCAUGCCCUCCAGGCCCAGGCGCCUUUGUGGAGGGAGAUGAAUGUGCAGAUGUCACUGGUUGGACCUAAAGGGGUCAUCACAGGCUGUUAAUUUUUGUACAGUUCUUAUAAUUGUCUGAGUUACUUGUUUCAAUAAAGUAAAAAAUCCUCA